AUCGCGAGAACAUGCUGCGCAGUUACCGCGAGAACAUAUAUAUAAAUAUCCGCUUCGCAGCAACCCAAGAGUGUUGGUGACUAGAGAUGAAUGGGGCGACGCCAGACGCAACACUCCCCCAUGUGGCCCUCUGCUCUGAGUCCCAUAAGGGCAGCAUCCUGAGCAAAUGUGAUGACCUGAGAGUAAGAGGGCUGCUCUGCGACAUCACACUGAUAGUGGAAGAUGUGCACUUUAAAGCACACAAGGUCAUUCUGGCCGCAAGCAGCGACUACUUCUCCUCCAUGUUCAACGCACAGGAACCAACAGGGCAGUCCACCUACACGCUGGAGGGCAUGGUGGCCAAGGCUUUCUCCACGGUGUUAGAGUUCAUCUACAGCGCUCAGGUGUCUGUUGAGCAGAGCUCCGCUGAGCAACUCCUGGCGGCGGCCCGUCUGCUGGGCGUCACUGGACUGGUGCAGGCCCUCUCCGGCCUCUGGACGGCGCAGGCAUGGCCCGAGGAUGGAGAGAUCGGCGUGGACGCCGCAGAAGCGGAAGAUCCAGAGGCGUUGAAUCGGCCGAAGCGCAAACGAGGGCGUCCACGGAGAGUCGUUUCCGUCCCCGCCACAGUGGUACCACGACAUGCCUCACAGCAAGGGGAAUCCAAUAAGGAGAGGACAGUAACACGUCACAUCGCGGAUGUAGGACAGGUUGUCGUAGACGAACCGGCUGGCUCCAGAGAGGACGAUAACCCGGUGGAGUCGCGACGUAAAGAUACCGACGACGCAGAUUACCAACCUGAUGCUGAGCGCAGUCGGCAUAGUAAGCGCAAAGUGAGACCACCGAUAAAAUACGUGGGUUACAGGGUGGCCAGCAUCCCUCCGGAGACCCGAGAGCCAGGGAGACCGGGAAGGAAGAGGAAGUACCCCGAGACUGAAGCACGAUGCGACGACUGUGGGAAGGUGUUUAAGAACCACAUGUUCUUAAAGAUUCACCUAAGGACGCAUACGGGAGAGAAGCCGUUCGGGUGCACCGUGUGUGGGAAGGCCUUCACCCAGAAGCACUCCCUGCUGGUCCACCAGCGCAUGCACACGGGACAGAAGCCCUUCGUCUGCACUGUGUGCUCCAAGGCCCUGUCCACCAAACACUCCCUCCAGGAGCACAUGAACCUCCACCAAGAACAGAUGUCAUUCAGCUGUGAUAAAUGUGGGAAGAACUUUACACAACGGAGACAACUGAAGAGCCAUUACAGAGUGCAUACUGGUAAAUCUUUGCCAGAGUGUGAGCUGUGUCAUCACAGGUUCAUGGACACGGCACAGCUGAAGAAACACCUGAGAACACACACAGGAGAGAAGCCGUUCACCUGCGAGAUCUGUGGAAAGUGUUUCACAGCCAAGAGCACGUUGCAGACCCACAUCAGGAUUCAUCGGGGCGAGAAGCCGUACGACUGCCCGCUCUGUAAGAAGUCGUUCUCCGACUCCAGCGCCCGGAGGCGUCACGUGGCCUCUCACUCCGGGAGGCAGCCCUUCACCUGCUCCUUCUGCUCGGCCUCCUUCAGUCGCCCCGACAACCUGAAGACCCACGUUAAAACGCACAACAAGGAGCGCGUCGCAGUCGGCGACCAGCCACCGUCCUCCGAGGCACCGGUGGCCGGGGAUCCGGUAACCGCGGCGACGGAGGAGGCCCCGGAGGAGGUGCGGAACCUCCUGCAGCUGCAGCAGUACCAGCUGCCCUCCGGCGGUCGGGAGCAGGAGAUCCAGCUGGUGGUGACAGCCGAGGUGGACCACCUCAACUUUGUGGGCGAUCAGACCCAGGGGAUUAGCAUUAUCACCCCCCCGACCGGCACCGGCAGGGAGGGAGAGCAGCAGCAGCAGCAGCAGCCGCCGUCGUCCAGCCACAUCCAGAACCUGACCCUGGUCACCACGGGCCACGGAGGCGUGGUGGACCCGAGCCAGCACAUCCAGACCGUGGGCGUGCUGGACGGCCAGGUCCAGGCCAGCCGAGGCGGGCAGCCCGAGCAAAUGCACGUCAUCACCCUGAGCAAUGAGGCCAUGGAGCACCUGCAGUCCCAACACGGACCCCCCCAGCCCCUCCCCAUACCGCACCGGCCCCUCCCACAGCUGCAGACCCUGCAGCCGCCCCCCAGGCCGCUGCACGCCCAGGCCAUCCACGUCAGCAGCCAGAGCAACCAGCCCAUCUCCAUCAGCCAGACCAGCCAGCAGCUCAGCAGCCACCACAUCCAGGGACAGACCUUCCAGAUCCAGGCGGGCACCGUCUCCUAUCUCUACACGACCAGCCUGCCCCAGAGCUGAGGCGUGGCCGGGGGCGAGGAGGAGGAGAGGGACCGGCCAGGACUUCUGGUGCUCAUUUAAGUUCCAGUCCGAGCAAUGUACUGUCUAUCCAUCUGAAUUUCAAUCUGUCUGGAUAAGUAUGGAUAGCAUUUUGAUAUUUCCAUGAAAUUAAAAGAAAAUGCUGUCGUUUUUUAUUAAGCCCAAUUGAUUACAAUUUGUACGUUUUUAUAAAGACAAUUUAACAUUGUUUUCAAUGCAUAAAGGACCCCAAAAAUGUGAUACUGGAUCACGUGGAAAAUUAAAACAUUAUCACUAUUGCUAUUAAUGUAUUAAAACGGAUUAUUCAUUCAAAAUAGAGACAACUCUAGAACCUUAAACCAUGGGGAGAAAAAAAAACAAUACAUUUUGAUUUGUAUAAUAUCGAUCGCUACUUGUGCUCAAUUUUCCUCCAAUAAACAGAUGAAAUACUUUG